GACGCCCUAUGUUCUUUUCUUUCUGAAAGAGCAAGACAGGCUCAUGCUUGCUUGCUCGGCUUUCCGUGCUGCUGUUUAUGAAGCCUCGAGCCGAUCGACAGACUACCUCGUCACAUCGAUGACGCUGCUCUGCCGCAACAUUGGCCAUCGCUAGCGGCAACACAUUUUUGAGGCAGAAGCCUCCCCGCUCUUUUGCACACAGUCGCUGUUUCGUGGUCAUCUCUUUCUGUUGUUUCUGACGGCUACAUUCACAACGUCUUGUUGCUGAAGCUUUCUCCGAACCCCUUGUACCCUCCCACCGCUUUUCCCGGGUUCGCCCUCCCGUCUCAGCGGCUUUUUCCUUGCCCCUCUUCGUCUUUUGAAUCCUUGCCUUCUUUUCGUGAGCCUCGUCUUCUUCAACCUCGCGCUAUAUAUUCUCUUUUCCUGUGUAGUGUUUUCUGUGUUUUUUAUUUAUACUCGUCCUCUUGGGGUAAACGAGUCCUGCUGUCCAGCGUUUCGUGCAUCUGUGUGACCCCCGAAAACUCCCGGGCCUUCUCUGCGGCUGCGUUCUUUUCUCUGAAUUCAAAGAACCGCGCCCUCCGGUUCUUGGUGGCGUGCAGCAGUGUCGGUAAACUUGACACCAAAGCUUUGUGAAAAUCUUGUUCUGGCGCAGACCCUUGCACACACUUCUUUGAAGAGGGAAACCCAGUCGCAAUGUGUCCUCCCCCUUUUCGCUCGCGUCCACGCCAUCACGUCUACGGGUGACGCUCGGGGAGGUGCCGAUUCGCGAGGGAGACUGGCAGAGAGAGAAAAAGGAAAGCUCGUUUCCUCCGGACCCUACACAGGAGGCUCGGGGUCCUUUUACACGCGCAGAGGCGUUCAGCAAGUGCAUGAUUGAAAAACAAAGGCGUUUCCUUCAUCAAUGUGAAACCCCAGUGUCUCGCCAUCGGCUCUUUCAGUCGUCCUUGAGCAAGCUACCGUCUCGAUUUCGCACUGCAGUGCGUUUCGAGGACGACUUGUCGCUCGAGAGGGUCUCGGCGGCCGUCCAGGUUAACCUGGCGCUCAUUUUUUUCUCUCUCUUCAAGUGUCCAGCCUCGCGAACUGACGUCGUUUUUUCGAGCUUACGUUUCCUCUCCCACUGAAGACCUCACAGAACGCGCGUCGUACUCCUUAUCGCUCUCCGCAACGCGCCCGACGGAAACGCUUCCUUUUCUCUCUUCUCUGUCCGCCCUUCGUCUGACAGUGGCUUUAUCCGCAAAGAUUGGUGACAUGGACGAGAAGGAGAGUCUUUCAGGGACUCGAGCAAGCACAGACACUGCUGGAAAUUCCACCUCGAGCGAAAGCGCGGAUGAGGUCGAGACAGUUGCCACGAUGGCCACUGCAGCAGACGCCCUUUCUUGCGUUUCUCCUUCUCCUCUGCCUUCCGUCGCGGCGUUCCAGACCGCUGCAUGCCCCGCUAGUCCCCAGCGAGGCGCUCUUUCCGCGUCGCUUGCUGGGCGCUCCGCGGCUGCAGACGGCUCUUCUUUUUCCCUCCCGAAGCUGAUCUCGAACCGGAGCGAGGCUCACCGCGCGCGCCUCCAACGGGGCAUUGGCCUCGCGACUCGCUCUCCCGAGCGUCCGGUGAACCACACCACUCAGGUACCUGUGGCGUCUUCUCCCUCGGCUUCUGCGCGACUUCCUGCUGCAGAGUCGCUCGCGCACAGUCCCGCCGUCGCAGGCCUGGAAGGAAGCGUCCGAAUCACGGCCUCUGUCCCGACGCCCCGCAGGGUGGUCCUGGAGACGAGGCAGGAGACGCAAACGCCUCGCGGUGCCUCAAACUUGGAAUGUGGAAACGGAAGUCUCUGCAGGAGUCCCACCGUCUACGGCCUGCUGGCAAGUGCAUGCGACACGUCUGGCGUGGAGACCAGACGUUUGCUGGAGACGCCGGACGGGGCGCGGCGACCUUCCCAAGACUCCACAGACGACCGAGAGUUCUCGCCCUGCGGCGGCGAGGGGAAACAGAGCUUCUUUGGAUGUGGGCGCAAGUCGCAAGCUGCUCUCCACUUGCUCGAACAUGGCAGAGACCUGGAAGCGCUGGCGCACAGGAGCUGCCACUCUGACGACUUCGACAGCGACGACGACACUCUGGCGUCGAGACGAGAUGGCAGGCCUUCUUUCAGGGACGUCCGCAGCGCAAGCGCCGUCCAGUCGCGGGAUCAGGAGACACCGCAGCGCGCGACCUGGAGUCUGUCAAAGGGCAUUCACGCCACCCUCCUCCGAAGACUUGCCGUCAUCUUCACCUUCGUUGCGGUUGUCUCCUGCUGGGGUGUCAUGGAUGUGUGGAUCGCUGCGUUGACCGAAGAAGAGUCUGUCAGCGAACUCAUCUAUUACGGCGGUUUGACCGGAAUCUCAGUUGCCAUGACAAUUGCCGUUCAGAUCUGCGCAACCCCAGACAAUUCCUUAGUCUUCGUUCUGUCUGCCAUUCUCUCUUUCUUGGCUGCCGUUGGAGGCUGGGGAUUCUUGAACGCAGUUGUCUUCUUCGCGGCCGGAGACAGUAUCGUUUUUCAGAUGUUCUACUUUUUCUGUUUCUUUGCGGUCGCCGUCGCUUUCAUCGUCUUCUAUAUGUGCUUUGUCGACCCCGAAUAUAGUAUCGACGUUGUCGGUGCUGUCAUGUAAUUUGCCCAUGCAGUUUAACACCAUUUGAAGUUGUGGAUGGUUCCAUAUGCUUUCAUCCCGACAUCUACUGGAAUGCAGACAUAUAUGCUUGUGAAUAUCUACACGUAUCGAUCCAUAUACAUAUGUAUAUAUAUAUAUAUAUAUAUAUGCAUGUGAGUCUUUUUUGGAUGUACAUAAAUGUAGCUGUAUGGUUAGAUGCGCCUUUGAAGUGUUGAUACUUGUAUGCAUGCCGUGUCCUUUUCAGAAGGACACUGCAGAUGUCCUGGGGUCGCGCCUCUGUGCAAAAGCGAGCGCAGAACUAGGCUGCGUCCUGCGUCAAGAGAUGGUUAUUGGAAUGCUUGAAUUUGAAACG